AAGCUCAUGGUUUCCCUUUUCAGGAAACACCCACCAACACAACGUUUGUGUAUUUUCUAGCAUCCUUUCCUAACAAUUACGCUCCGUUCAUUAGAGGAAGCAAAAAUGUUCCUGUGGCUAAACUUGGUGUCCUUUCUAGCAGUCCUCAGAGGUGUCCGAUCUGAGGCCCAGUUGGUGGAGUCUGGAGGGGAUGUGAGAAGCCCUGGAGGGUCCCUCCGUCUCUCCUGCCAAGCCUCAGGAUUCACCUUCAGCAGCUAUUGGAUGCACUGGGUGAGACAGGCCCCAGGAAAAGGCCUGGAAUGGGUUGCAUUCAUAAACACCAAUUCUGGUACUAUUUACUACUCAGACAAAGUGAAGGGACGCUUCACCAUCUCCAGGGACAAUGCCAAAAGCCAGCUAUAUCUGCAGAUGAACAGCCUCAAAGCUGAAGACACGGCAGUUUAUUACUGUGCGAGAGACACAGUGAGAGGAAGUGAAUCUGGAGCUAGGCAAAAACCUACCAUUCCUCAGAGGACUCUGCAAGUCCUUUCACACUCAGAAACAACACCCACCAACACAAAGUUUGUGCAUUUCAUUUUCCAGAAUCCAUUCCUAUCAACUACGCUCCAUUCAUUAGAGGGAGCAACAAUGUUCCUGUGGCUAAAUUUGCUGUCCUUUCUAGCAGCCCUCAGAGGUGUCCUUUCCGAGGUCCAGUUGGUGGAGUCUGGAGGGGAUGUGAGAAGCCCUGGAGGAUCCCUCCGUCUCACCUGCCAAGGUUCUGGAUUCACCUUCAGUAGUGCUUACCUGCACUGGCUGAGACAGGCUCCAGGAAAAGGCCUGGAAUGGGUGGCCUAUAUAAGUACAAGCUCAACUCCCAUUUACUACUCAGACAAAGUGAAGGGCCGCUUCACCAUCUCCAGGGACGAUGCCAAAAGCCAGCUGUAUCUGCAAAUGAACAGCCUCAAAGCUGAAGACACAGCAGUCUAUUACUGUGCGAGAGACACAGUGAGAGGAAGUGAAUCUGGAGCUUGGCAAAAACCUGCCAUUCACCACAGUAGCCCUGCAAGUCCAUUCAGCCCCAGAAUAGGGCUGCAUUUUUCAAUGAGGGGAGUCUGAGGAAGCUGCCUGAUU